AUGGCCUUCCCUUACAUUGAUACUCCACGAACCGAAAUCGACGGGAACGCGACUUAUCUGACGAACGGGUUCCGCAGCGCGGGGCGACAUAACCUAUCUGCACUCGAUUCAGUGGAAAACUCAUUCCAUACGCCCUCGAAGAACAAUGAAGUGAUUAAAGGAUUUGAAAAACGCGUCACCCCGCGAGGGGCGGCUUCCAAACCGGCAAGAAGCGCGUUGCGACACCUCCCGGCUGCAGGGCCCGAGAAGGGAGAAUUUACACCAUUGAUGAAGAGCGCGACGAAAAAUAACUACUUGAGGAAUAUGUCAACAUCAAGAGGAGAUGGUCCGAAAACACCCGGGUACUACCGAGACACAUAUCGCAGCAACGCCCAAACGCCUAGGUUACCCCCGAUGGACAUGUCCGACAUAUACGAAGAAGAUCGGAUUGUGGAAGAGGCGACCCCGCUACCUCAUGCCGCCAGUAGCAGUGCGCAAAGUACGCCACUGCCUGGACGGGACGGAGGAGCGCUAGGUGACGCUCACCAUAACCUGUCUCUGAAAGAACAGGCCGAAGCCUUGGAUCAGCUCAGUAAAGACAACUUCAACUUGAAAUUAAAGAUCCAUUUCAUGGAUGAGCAGCUGAAGAAGAUUGGCCCAGAAACCAACAAGGAAGCGUUGAAAGAAAACACGGAACUUAAGGUCCUCAAAAUGACAAUGCAACGCGAUAUCGCCCGGUACAAGAAAAAUCUCCAGCUGGCAGAGAAGUCGGCCGACGAAUAUCAACUCCAGCUGGCGGAACUACAAGGAAUGAGAUGGCGCGAGCAAGCCGAUCAAACAGUACAACGAGAGAUGGACUUGAUGCGGGAGGAGCUCGAGGCGCGGGACAACCAACUCCGAGAAGCCCGUGAUGAAUUGAGAUACGCCAAAGAAUCCCAAUCAGAAGUCACCGAAAAGCUCCGAGACGACAUCGAGGAUCUAGAAGCCAGCUCGAGAGAAAAGGAUCGAAUCAUCGAGGAGCGAGAAGAGGAGUUGGAAGAGUUGAAACGAAACAGCGAGGAGAACGGAAUAGCCUCUGAACUCCAACAAGAACUCGAUCGUGCACAAGAACAAAUCCAAGAGCUCCAGGAUAGCCUCGACCAGGCCCAGUCUGAGAGCAGAGAAUCAGAAAUGGCUACCAGACAAGCCAUGGAAGAAAAGGACCGCGUUGAGGAGGAUCUCAGAGAACUGCAAGAUGAGAUGUCAAACAAGUCCUUCACCACGAAAGGAUUAAGCCGACAGCUGGAGGAAAGGACAGAGAAACUCGAGAAAGACCUACAAGAUCUUCAACAAGAAAACGAUGCUCUGAGAACGGAGCUGGAGAGCAAAGCAAGCCACGUGAUUCGACUAGAAGAGCGCCAUCAAUCUCUUCAGCAUGAUGUGGAAGGCAACGCCCAUCUGAUCAGAGACCUUGACUUAGCCAGGCAUGAACGCGAUCAAGCCCAACAGAACCUGACUAGGACCUCCGCUCAAUUGCAGGAGGUUUCAAAUGAACUCCAGCGUGAAUCAGAGGAAAAGGAACUCCUUCAAACUCGCCAUCGUGCUCUCACUGAUGAGUCAGGGGGACUACAAACCGACCUCGACCGAGCCCAAUCCAGAAUCCGCGAACUGCAAAAGGCCGUCAACGAGGCCACCACCCACGCUCAAGACGAAGGCCACAAGCUCCAUUGGCAGCACAAGCUACAGGUCGAAAGACUACAGGAGGAGAUCGAGAAUCUCCAGCACGAGAUUGAGGAGAAGGAGGGACGAUUUGCGGUCGAUCAAAGUCGAUGGGAGAGCAGCAAACGAGCCCUGCAGUCCGAAAAGGCAUGGGCUGAAGGCCAAGUCGCAGAGCUGCAGCGUACAAUCGAUACGCUUCAAGAGGCCGGCAAUACCUACACCACCAAGGAAUCUAGGCUGCAAAGUGCUGUCGAUAGCGAGAAGAAGCGGUCCUUGCAAGAAAAGACCAUGCUGAAUCGUCAAAUCCAAGAUCUCAAGGACGACCUCGACAAGACAAGACGCGAUCUGGAUGAGAAGCGAGAAGAGCUCUUCUCAGCCAAGGAAGAUGUACGAUUGUCUCGACGCGACCAGACUGCGCUGGCAGAAAAGGUGCAGGCAUUGGAGGAUGAGAUUAUCGUGCUGCAAUCAACCCUGGCCGACGAGCAAGAGAUUGCUAAGGGUCGACAGAACGCGACCCCUGACAUGGAAAAGAGACUAGAGCAAUCCGUGACGGAGAGGCAAAAGCUUCGGGAUCAGCUUGCCAACGCUCAUGUCGAACUGUACGAAUUGCGAAACUCAGUGCAGGAACUCGAAGCCGAGCGCGACGAGCUCAAUGGCCAACUCGAUAGGGCCCCGAAUGCAGACGACACCUCUCGAUUUGACCGCGACAAGUUUGAACUGCGCAAGACUGUGACAAAGCUUGAGAACGAUAUCAACGCACUACGAGAAGCCAAAUCCUCUCUCGAGGAGCAACUUGUCUCUGAGAAUGAGCGAUUUGCAACAGAGGAGGGCCGUCUUUCCGCAGAGAUCGAUCGUCUCCAGGACAAAUUGCUUGCAAGCUCGGGCAACCGCGACCGAGAGCUCACAUCGGCCAAGACCAAAGUCCAGCGCUUGGAGCGUCGGGUACAAAGUCUUGAGUCUUUGCUUGAGCAACAACCCACCGUGGAAAAUGAGCAAUCUGGUGCACACAGUGAUCUCUCUUUACUUCGCCAAAGUCUAGAAGAGGCCCGCAAACGUGAAAAGAUUCUUGUUCACCGUGAAUCUAAGCAAAAGUCAUCUGCGCAAACCUACAAGUCAAGAGUUGAUGAGUUGGAAAAAGAUCUUCACGAUGCAGUGAUGAGAAAGUUCGACACGCAAUCUCCGCAGAACUCCCCUUCUACAAAGUUACACGAAGAACUACGGACUUUGCGGAAGCAAGUGGCUGAAGCGCAUCGUUCCCUACAGUCAGUGAACAAGAAGAAUCGUGAUCUCGAACGUGCUGCCAUGAAAGAGGAAGACCAAAAGGACUUCCAUGAGCUCCUCAGAUCAUCCACCCUUGAAGUCGAAUCCCUCACUCUCAAGCUUUCAGAGCGCGACGGACGUCUCGCCGAGUUGAAGACGCACGUACGCCGCAUGCGCGAAGAACGAGAUGCCCACAAGCGUGAAGCCGAAGUAGCAACCAAGAACAUCGACCUACUGCAACGACGCCACGAAGAGAUCUUGGAGAAGAACUCUCUCACCAAAUCAACCAGUAAGACCAAACACGAGAAAGAGAUUCGAGGACUGGGCAAGGAAAUCGUCUGGCUUCGUGCACGCCUACAGCGAGAAGAGAAGUUCCGCCGUGACCUAGCCUGGAGUAAGGGUCUGAUGGAGCUUGGUGAACGCGUACGCGUAGCAUGCAACGAUGCCGAUCUUCGCAUGAUCUCUGAGAUGGGGGUGCAAGCCCGUGAUCGGGCUUCUGUGCGUACUCCGCGUCAGAAGUUGAGAACUGCAAUCUCUCUUGUUCGGGCUGCUGUGCGCAUGAAGAAGAUGAGUAGCGAUUGGAAGCGAACGAAAAAAUUGGGCGAGGGCCUCAAGCGAGCUAAGAGCGAGAUGAUCAAGCGACGUGAUGGCUCGAACAGAAGUUUGCUUGGCCAAUAG